AUGACAGGUUCGCAAUUUUUGGCGGUUGAUUUGGGUCUUGAAAAGGCUACACGUAAAAAGUCUUUAGAAGUACUAGAAAUGUAUAAAAAUCACAUAAUUUCUUCCAAAAUAUCUCAAACUAGAUAUGGUGACAAGAAUGGACGAAGCAGUGGACAAUGGGGCAGAUCGUUAAAUGAUAGUUCAGCUAGUCCUUUACGUGGGCAUAGGUCAUCUCAGCAGCAAACUGAUCCAGCUCUCCAAAGUCGACAACAGGUUAUAAAAAUGUUGGUGGUUAUAAUUACUGUAUUCCUGAUCAGUUUGGGACCUAUACUAAUUAUACAUGUUAUAAACAAUAUUUCAGGUUAUAAAAAUGUUGGUGGUUAUAAUUACUGUAUUCCUGGUUAUACAAAUGUUGGUGGUUAUAAUUACCGUAUUCCUGAUCAGUUGGGGACCUAUAUUAAUUAUACAUGUUAUUAUAUAAAUAUUUCAGUUUAUAAAAAUGUUGGUGGUUAUAAUUACUUUAUUCCUGAUCAGUUUGGGACCUAUAUUAAUUGUACAUGUUAUUAUAUAAAUAUUUCAGGUUAUAAAAAUGUUGGUGGUUAUAAUUACUGUUUUCCUGAUCAGUUGGGGACCGAAGUGGUGUUUAAUUUAUUACCCUAUGUUCAAUCCAGUUUAAAUCCUGUUAUCUAUAUUAUAAUGUCUAAGAAUAUCAGGAGAUCUAUUUGUAAACAUUUACCAAUUCCAUUGAUUAAACUGUGUUCGAGGUGCGGCGAUCAGAACUAUAACACAAUGGUGUCAAUGAAUUCCACCAUCCCAGCUCACCAUGCUAUAAGAUCUAACAUGGAUCAUCAGAGAUCAGUUCAGCAAUCACAAGCAGCAAACCUUUAA